CGAGAAAAGAAAGCCCCUGGAGCUCUCUCUUCCUCGUUCGCGAAGCCCAUCCCCUCUCGAUUUCUGUCUCCUCUUCUCUUUCUCCUUUUACUCUUUGUUUUCCUUCUAUUCUUUGAUUCCGACAUCCUUCCGCUGCUUGGUAAGAUACUGGUCCACCUUUUCGAUCUUUUCUUCGGUCUCUGAUCCCAAGGCGAGGCUUCUCCUCUGCGGCGAGGCCGGAUUCCGGCAAGUACCGCAAGAUUUCGUUCGGUUUUGCGGCGGAGCUAUCCGGAAACAUUGUUUCUUGAAGAGGUUUGGCUGGCGUGUUGGGGUUUUUAUUCGCGUUUUGGAUUUCGAUACGGAUUUUGGAAUUAGGGUUUUUAGGUUUGGCGCAACAUGCCGCGGAGCUCCGGCCAUAAAUCGCACGGAGAGCACAAUUAUGGCGAGCGGUCGGAUUCCCAGGAGGAUAGGAACUCGACAGACCGCAAGGAGAGGGCUGAAAAGCGUGGCGGUAGUUCUAGGAUUUCGAGGGAUCAGGAGUCUGAGAAGCGAAAGUCUUCUUCUCUGCCGCGGUCAUCUCAGGGGAAGGAUCAGAGCGGUGCUGGUCAUGGCAAUGUGUCUGUGGAGCAGGGGAGGAAGCGGAAAGAUAGGGCAGAAGACUCGGCAGCGCGUGCUCGGUGGAAGGGCGAUCGAGAGGAUGAUGGCGGGGCCGAUUCGGGGCCUAAAGGUGAGAAAUUUGGGCCUUCAGAACCCAACAGGGACGCAAAGUCGAAUCUUUCGGCUGUUGAGUCGAGGGAAAGGUCAAGCAGAAGGCGUGAGGGUUAUACUGAAAGGUGCGAGGACAGUAGCAGUAAGGUUGAGUCGACGAAGCGGCGGUCGGAGAAGGAUUUGAGCCAUGAUGUGAGCCUUAGAGAAAGCAGCAGCCAGUACAAGGAUGCAAAGGAGAAGGGGAGGGAGCGUGGAUCAGAGAGGGAUAAGAAGGUCCAUGAAUCCAGGCAUGGGAGGUCCGAUGAUGGAGGAAGUCGGAACCAAGGUUCUAAAACUGGCUGCUCUGAAGAGGAGAGAGUACUGAAGAAGGAUGAGGAAAUUACUGGAUGGCAAAUACGAGAUGAAUUGCGUAAUGCUGAGCUAGAGAAGGAGCUCGAGAAAUGUAUUAGGAGGAGGGGAGAUGGCUCUGGUGAUAGAGAUAAAUCGCAAGGUGAUGGUAGAGAUAGUGAUAAUAGGCGAUUAUCUUCAAGAGAUGAUCGCCCCAAAAAUGAAAACUAUAAAGAAGAGAGGCACAGGGAUGAAAGGCAUAAAGAUGGAAGGUAUCAAGGUAAAUACAGGGAGGAUCUUGACAGGGAUCAAAGGCAUCGAGAUGACAGACACCGAGAUGAGCACUCCUCAAGGGAUCAUACUACUGACAGAUCUGACAAUAAGCAUCAUAGGGAUGAAAAUAAGACCUCAAAGAGUCGCUAUAAGGAAAGUAAGCUUCAGGAUAGUGAUCAUGGUGGUUCUCAUGUUGAGGAUCGCAGCAGCAGAUAUAAAGAUUCAUGGGGAAGGAAAAGGUCAAUUGACGAAAAUGAUGCUUAUAAUGAUUUGAGGCCUCGAAGUGCAAAAGAGUCAUUUGGAGACUGUGACAGAGCUAGGCCAGAAUAUUUACAUUCAAACAAGAUUGACUCCAAUCAGAGCAACAAGCGACCAAAGAGUUCUUCCAGCUCCAGUGUUCAUGUCAUUAAGGAUCCAAGCAGGCGUAGCUCCAGGCAAGUGGGGUCUACCCACCAAGGCUUGCCAUCAGGAGAUAAAGAUCGCCCUGGUGUAGCUUCCAUGGGAGAUCUUGCUGGUGUUUCAAGAGGUUGCGAUGGAACUUCUGAUUCCCAGUCUUUGAAGAAGGCCAAAUCAAAGUAUCACAUUAAUUCAGGUGACCAUCCGGUUGAAACAUCUUCACAAGAUGAUAAGAUCCGAAGAUCAGAUGGUCAAUCCCAAUCAAUUCAGUUAACGGAAAUAUCGCAGUCCACAAAUGAUCAUCAAUUUUUAUAUAGGAGCGGCACAAGGCAUAGUCUUGAUAUCGAAGAUAUGGCCAAAAAAGGCAGUUCUUACAAGGAUAAAAAAGAGUAUUCCAGUGUAGAUGGCAGAGAGCGGGAGUUACCAUUGAAGAACCUUAUUAUGGAUAAUUAUUCUCGGACGGAGAGCAAUGAACACGUUCCUUUUGGUCCAUCCUCUUUCAACCAAAAUGGUCAAUUUCCACCUCCGCCACCUGUCAGGCAUGGGGUUGAUAGUCCUUUACUUUUGGGUUCAUAUGAAGAUGACAAUACCAAUCAAAUUGGGGAUCAUACAUCUGGGAGCCGUUACAGAAGAAAUAGUGAUUUCAGUACUGGGAAAGGACAGGGAAAUGCUUGGAAGAGUGCCCCAACUUGGCCAUCUCCAGUUGCUAAUCGUUUCAUGCCUUUCCAGCAUGGGCUGAUGCCUCCUGGAUUUCCUUCAGCUAUGCAGCAAUUUCCUGCUCCAUCUCUAUUUGGUAUGAGACCAGCUAUGGAUGUGACCCAUGACAUUGUUUCUUAUCACAUGCAUAGAGCAGCUGGUCAUGUCCGCCCAUUUGGUUGGCACAAUCCAAUGGAGGAUUCACGUCCUCAAUUGCAAGGAUGGGAUGGAAGCAGUGGUGUACUUGGUGAUGAUUCCCAUGUCUAUGGUAGACCAGAAUGGGAUCAUCCAAAUGGACAUCUAAGUGGCAUCAGAGGGUGGGGGAUGAGUGCUGCUAUGUGGAAGGGACAAAAUGAAAAUGUGAAUGUUGAGAUUCCUCAGCCUCAGGAGCCAGAUUAUUCAAGUCAUUCACUGCCAGAUAAAGGUUGGACUAGGCAGUCUGACAACCAGUCUAGCAAAGAACAGGUCCUGUCAGAAAGGACUGAAAUCAAGCGAUCUAAUGAUGCACCUCCAGCCAAGAAUGCUGCGGAAGCGCCUCCAGAAACUAUGUACAAAAAGACUCCCGUUCCUUCUAAGACAGCAGGAGAUGAUUGCUCCCGUUUUUGCUGUAAUUACCUUUCUAAGCUUGACAUCUCAGUUGACCUUGCCUCCCCAGAGUUGUAUAAACAAUGCUUAACACUAUUGGGAACUAGUGACCCUGUUGUAUGUAAUAUUUCAAAGCAUGGAUACCAUCAGAACAUUGAUGAUGAGAAUAAAGUGGUAAAGAAGAGACGAAAUAACAUCUUAAGUUCUGUGUUUCCUGCAAAUACAGAGGCUGUUUUUCAGAGAGCCAUGUCAUUGUAUAAGAAGCAACAUGAAGUAGCAAAAGCAAUGUUCCCUGUUGUAACAGACCCCUCAAGGGGAGAAAAAGAUUCUCCAGAAGCUUCUGACACAGAUAAAGUGAAGGUGGUUGAUGAUCAGCUUCCUGAAGAAAUGCUGUCGGCAAAUGCUAGUUCCUGUCGGAGCACAGAAGAAGGAAGCAAUUUUGUUACUGAAGCCAAAGAUGAUGUUCCUGGUGAUGCCAAGCAACAGCAGGACACUGAUGAGAAUGUUCCUGGUGAUGCCCAAGCACAAGGUGAUCUUUCUGGUGAUGCAAAAGAACAACAUUCUGAUGUCAUUUCUGAUGCUGUUGUUUUGGGAGAGGGUUCACAGGCAUGUGAAGCUGUAAUGCCAGAGUGUAGGGUAAAUUUAAGCCGGAUACCUAUUUCUCCUGAAAGUACACAUUGAAGCAAUUUCUGUUCCAUUCUUUUUCUGCAACGCCAUGUCCAAUGUGGAUCAUGGCCUCACCUUUUGCUUGCAUAUGUUGCGUUAAUCAUUGUCCAUAGAUGGUGUCGCUCACCCUCCCAACAUCACCCUACUCCCACCCCCACCGCCACCCCCCCC